AUGACUAUUCUACUUCGACAGAUACUCGCACUCGCAUUAUACAUAGUCCUGUUGAUCAAUGUCAGCGGCGCACAGCAACCCAGCUCUCCGCCAUGGUCGACGCUUUCGUUCAAGUCAGCCCCAACCAUCUCGCCCUUAUCCCUUGAGAUCAACAAAACCGGGCAGACAGCUCCCGGCUACCUGUUUUUGAAUCCGACGGGCUUCGCACAUAUCAAUUCCACUGCACCCGUCGUUUUCACCGAUGACAACGAGCUUGUGUGGUUCGGACCCCGUGGCCAGGCGUUCAACUUCGGCCCAUACGAAUAUCAAGGCAAGACUGUCCUAGCUUAUUGGAAUGGCUCGGUGUUUCCUGAGCCAGUUGGUCGCGGCUAUGGUUCGAUCGUUCUUCUCGAUUCCUCUUACGAGACUCUUGCUACAGUCAGUCUUCCGGGACGCUUCUUGACACUCAACGCCUCUCAGACCUUCCCCGGUAAUAUCGACCUUCACGAAAUCAACAUCACGCCGCAAGAUACCAUCCUCGUCACGGCAAACAAUGUCACUCAGCAUGACUUGUCUUCUGUUGGCGGGCCCAAUCCCGGCUGGACAGUCGAUUCCAUCAUCUAUGAAAUCGACAUUGCCAGCAACGAGAUCAUCUUCGAAUGGCAUGCGCUCGAUCAUCUGGACAGGCUUCCAUUUUCUACAUCCCAGCUGCCACGGGGAAGUGAGGGAUACAACGGUACAACUCAAGCGACCGCCUGGAACUAUUUCCACAUCAAUGCCGUCAGCCAACUGAACGGCGAGGAAGGGUACAUCAUCAGCUCGCGCUACCUCUGCUCCGAGAUUGCGGUCGAGAAGAGGUCCGGCAACGUCCUCUGGGUCCUCUCGGGCAUUGAUGGCGGCGACUUCCAACUAGCCGCGAAUGCGACGUUCUGCUACCAACAUGACGUCCGACAAAGACAGAGUCACCGCCACGGACGCAACCGCGAGAUCGUCAUCAUCUCGCUCUUCGACAAUGCAAACUCUCCGUUGACGCUGCCCAAUCCGACCGCCCCCAGCUCGGGCCUCAUCCUCAGCCUGGAUGUCGAAGCAAAGACCGCCAUUGCUGUGGCUCGAUACGAGAACCCCAACCUGCCAAUCUACGCAACUGCGCAAGGCAACCUGCAGUUCCUACCCGGUGGCCACAAAAUGGUCGGCUACGGUUUCGCGCCGUUAAUGCAGGAAUUCAACCAGCAGGGCGAAUCCGUCAUGACCGCGCAAUUUGGUCCCAUGGCCAACGGCAUGCCCACCCCAACGGGCGGCGUCCUCGGGUACCGCGACUUCCGCGGCCACUGGACCGGCUGUCCCCAAACACCCCCAGACGUCUACGCGGAGCGAGAAGGAAAUAGUGGCGUCAGAGCGUACAUGUCAUGGAACGGCAACACGGAGUACAAGUCGUGGACCGUCUUCGCGGGCAGUCCGCCCUCGGGCCUCCGAGCCAUGAGCACAGUCGAGAGGAGCGGCUUCGAGACGAGCUUCCUCAUCCCUCAGAACGUGUCGUACGUUCAAGUGCAGGCCCAGGCCCAGGCCCAGGGAACGGCUGCAUGCAAGUAUACGAGGGCGCAGACUCUAUCCAGAGUCGUCACUGUGUCGUAG